CGUGUACUUGCGCUCGACCCCGCUCUUAACACUUUUACAAAACUUGUGCGCGAUCGAUCACCUCUACUUCAAGAGUGCAGAGUGAUUGACAGAGAGUGCCGUCGCACUUUGCGUGCCAACCAUUCUCUGCUGUGAAUUUGAAUGGUAAAAUGAAAGUUGGUCCGUUUCCAAAAGCUGCUGCCCCGCUGCAUAAUAAGCAACACGUUUUGCAAUAUCCAAAAGAUCAGAGCAGUGUCUUAGCCGUCCUACGCCACCGGUAAUGAAUAUUAUUCGUCUCCCCUGAGGAGCACGGUGUUCGAGAACACGCAACAGCAUAUAUGUACGAGGCGAAGAAGCUCCGAGGGGAUUGCGCGCGGCGUACUUCCUCAUUGACAGCAAUGUUCGAUGGUCACCGGCGGCCCGGCAAAGGAGUCGGUCGGUCCUUGGCGGCUUUCUUACUAUAGGCAUUGGAAGUGAUCAAGACACCGAGCAUCUGGGUAACAAGCGAGCACGCCGGCAAAAGUGACUUUGCAGAUGAACCAGUAAGCGUUCCUUGCUGGUCCCGGCGCCAGAAGACGGCUUGAAGAAGACAUGUCUCCGCCAAAGAGGGUAGUCAAGCCCGACUCGCGAGAAUGCUGGCUCGUAGCCGCGUCGGCGGCCACUUACGUCUUCUUCGCCAUGAUCUUGGUCAAGACUGAGUCGGUCAUCUACAUCGGCUUCAUGGAAAUGCUUCAGCUGAGUAGGCAGGACGCAUCGUGGCCUCUCAGCAUAUCGCUCGUAGUUUCCCAGUUGGCUGGGCCCGUGUUCGGCCUCCUCUGCCUGUGGUUGUCCGAGAGGGCAGUCCUGAUCGCCGGCGCCUUACUCUGUUCCGUGCCGGUCAUGGCGUGCGGUUUCGCCCAUAACCUCGCCGUCAUCAACGUUCUCUAUGGAGUGCUCUUCGGAAUGGGCCUUGCGUGCGCCGAGCUGGUGCCGUUCUCAGUGGUGGCGCGCCACUUCGUGUCGUUCCGCGGCACAGCACUGGGCCUGCUGUUCAUCGUCACCUCCGUCUCUGGUUUCGUGUCCCCCAUGGCGGUGGAAUUUCUUCGUCAGACGUACGGCUUCCGAUGCACGCUACACUUGGUGGGAGCCAUCAUACUGAACAUGCUUCUCGGGUGCUUUAUCGUGAGCCGCGUCGACCGCACCGAUGGUUCUAUCGACGAGCCGCCUGCCACCGCUACGAAAACCAAGGAACUGCUCGCCGAGCCGCCUCGCAUGCCAGCCGAGCGGCGCAGGUCCAGCUUCCAAGCGGCCUCGCUGGGACAGUCCUGCUCCAUCCAGUUGGCCCAGUCCAUCAUGUCGCUCGAUAAGAAGGACCGUUCGGCGCGAACUAAGCUGCGGCGCAACGUGCGCACCAUGUUCACGCUGCCCUUCGUGCACAUCGGCUUGUCGCGUGCGGCUGCCCUGUUCGCGCUCACCACCAUCCUCAUCACCGUGGUGGACUUCGGCGAGGACAACGGCCUCUCGGGCUACGACGCCGUGUCCCUGCUCACGGCGUACGCCAUCGGAGACCUGUGCUCGCGCCUCAUCACGGCGUUGGUGCUCGACACGCGCUUCCUGAGCAGCAGCGCCACGCUUCUCAGCAUGUUCGUGCUGCAGGCGGUCGUCAUGGCCGUCAUGAGUUUCGAGAGUAACUACUGGGUGCUGCUGGUGUGCUGCUUUGUCACGGGCCUCUCGAGUGGCGGCCGCUUCUUCACCUGCACCGUCAUGGUCGCAGAAGAGUUCGACGAGGACGCCAUCUCCCUUAACCUGGGCGUCAUGAACUUCGUGUCCGGCAUCGCAGGCUUCAUCAGACCACCCAUCAUCGGUUACUGCCGUGACGUGCUAGGGGUCGUACACGCCGCUCUAUCUGCUGCUGGCCAUCAUCAACGCAUUCUUCACCGUCACCUGGAGCCUGAAGCUCGUUCUCUCUCUCCGCAAGAAGAAGAUACCAUCACUCAGGGUAGCUCUGCAAGAGCUGCCAGAUGCACGAGGACGAAUUGGGAGCAUCGUAUCAUUUUGAAACGCACCUUUUUUUUUCAUUUAGUUGCAUAUUACGGAUCGUUUUCCAGUAUGGUUGCAAAGGCUGCCUCAAGAAAUUGAGGGCCUUCGCUGAAGACAAAGGGGAGAGUCAUACAAAAAGAAGGGCAAAUUAAUUGCAGUUCGUUAAUGCGAACAAAGACUGAAAUAUUUCGAGCGGUAACGUGCGUGAAACAACUAAGAUCAAGAUAGCGCUCGAAGUCAGGCCGCAGUCUCCUCGCAAAACUGCGAGACGCUGGACCUCAAGUGUCACGGCAGAGACUUCGUUUCAGCGAGGACUGCAUGACCACCAGGGCAAAAGUUUAUGACGAGGAGAACAAAAAAAAACGGUUAAAGGGGCCAUGACACGGUCACCCACCGAACUGCGGUUUUCAGCGAAAAGUAGAAGUAGAGGGUCUAUUCUGUACAUAUAUGAAAAAUGGACUGUAAAAUAAUAUUUCGUUGCAAAAUGAGCCCUAGAAGUCGCCGCGGCUAUAAACCUCACCCACUGCCGGCGACCGCCAUUUUGCCAUGGCGUAUGUGAUGUCAUGUGCUUCAUGGAGUGAAGCCGUCGUCUUCUGUAUACCUAAGUUUCAGCCGCUGCAAAUCGUUAAAUUUUCAAUGCCAAGUUGAAGAAAGCCGAAUAGCUCCAUUGUAUACGCGCAGCUGACCACGAAACGAAACCGUUGGCCGGAAUACAGACGCUCGCAAAGCAAGCGGCUUGUUACGUCACGGCUCGCGAGUGCGCGAGUGUGAUCAGACUCUCGGGCCACUCGCGCGUUUAUAAAAAUAUUCAUUAUAAAUUAGGUGCUCAACCAAAUGCGCUGAAAUUUCACCAGUUUGUGAACACCAAAGGAUUAACCAACAUAACACAGAUUAUGCGGGAAAAUUGUGUGUCAUGGUCCCUUUAAUGAGAUGCAUAAAAAGGCAUCAAACAAAAAGGCGUUGUGUAACUUAGUUUCUUCCCGUGCUUGAACUUCCUCACCCUACAUAACUGGAUACGGAGCUACCAGUACGUGACACUCAUAACAAAGCAAACCAAUGUUUAGAUCGUCGUGUCUAGAAAAUAUUCUGGCGAAAGCCUUAUAUGUCUUAUGUCAGGGGCCUCAAACACAUAGCCCGCUGCUUCACAUGGAAUAAAGU